CGAGCAAAUAUCGAUAAAAAUCUAAGCGAAUAACAUGGAACGCUGGCAGAAUCGCGUGGCCGUUGUUACAGGCGCCAGUUCGGGAAUCGGAUCAGCUAUAGCCAAGGAUCUAUGUCUGGCCGGGAUGACCGUUGUGGGCUUGGCCCGUCGCGUGGAUCGUGUGAAGGAGCUGCAAAAGGAAUUGCCGGCUGACAAGAAGGGCAAAUUCUUUGCCGUUUACUGCGAUGUGAGUAGCGAAAGCUCCGUGAAUGAGGCAUUCGAUUGGAUCAUCCAGAAACUUGGCUCCGUGGAUGUGCUGGUUAACAACGCUGGUACCCUGCAAUCGGGUCAACUGAUCGACCUGAACCCGGUCCUUAUGCAGCAGGUCCUGCAGACGAACAUCAUGGGCAUCAUUCUGUGCACCCAACGGGCGGUUCGCUCAAUGCGAGAGCGUAAGUUCGACGGACAUGUGGUGCUAAUCAAUAGCAUCCUGGGGCAUAAGACCAUGACGGCCAUGGAGGGCGUGGUGCCGGAUGUCAACGUCUAUCCGCCCAGCAAGCAUGCGGUCACGGCCAUGGCCGAGGGUUAUCGCCAAGAGUUCCUCGGCCUGGGCACCCGCAUUAAGAUUACGAGCGUCAGUCCUGGUGUGGUGGACACGGAGAUCCUUCCGGAUAGCAUCAGAGAGUCUAUUAAGGACCGCAUGCUUCACUCUGAGGACAUCUCGCAGGGAGUGCUCUACGCCAUUGGCACGCCCCCACAUGUCCAGGUGCACGAGCUGACCAUUAAGCCCCUUGGCGAGACCUUGUAGACAAAUCCCAAAGUCUUAUAUUUUUUUUUUCAAUUUUUUUCUUUAGAAUAGUUUACAAUUUUUGGGAAAUUGAAAGCUCAGUUUUUCCCCAAUUUUUUUCAUAGUAUUUAAUUCUUAAUUUCCACAAAAACUUAUAAUAAUAAAAAUGCUUUGUCUUUGAGCUUAGUAAA